AUGAGUCGGAAAUAUCUUACUGAUGCAGAUCUCGCGCGUAUGCUAGAAGAAAGUUAUUUUGAAGAUGAUUUUAUGAACGAUUAUGAGAGUGACGGUGGAUGGCCAAAAAGCGAUGAAGAAGAUGCAGAAGGAAUUGCCAUGGAUUUCCAAAAAAAUUUACCUUGCUCAAACAUAACUACUAAUGACGUCUACUACAGGCGUCAAUUUAACUUAAUCCGUUUUAACAUUGAUGUACUGUCUACUAAACAGGCGAUUUUAUACACGUACGACGAGUCUGUAGCAAAAAAGGGAGCCUACGAGGUUUGCUCUAUAUUGCAUCACUUCAUAUGCAACAUUUUGCCCCCAACGCCAACGGUGAAGGAAUUUACGAUAUUUUACGAUUCUUGCGUAGGGCAAAACAAAACUUUCACGUUAAUAAGGUUUCUGCACAAUUUGGUAACCAAAGAAGGGAAGUUGGAAAAUACCAAGUUUGUUUUCCCGAUUCGAGACCACUCGUACUUGGAGUGCGACCGUGACAUAAGUAUUAUCAAGCAAAAGGCACACACUGAAACUCCUGAGGACUGGAAAGAUGUAUUCAUGCACGCCCGCGUGAUACCGAGUCCUUUCCUAGUUAUAGAUUGUGGCCUGGACCUAGACAUGUUUCAAAAUUGGACUGACCAUCUGUCGUCUAAAAAAGACGUGUCCUUUCCCCACCAGACCAAUAAUAGUUCUCAAAAUAAGUGCCACCAACAAGAAUUUGAUUUACCACAAAGCCACGUACUCUUGUCCGUACACAAGCUCUCCAGUCUUGGCUCCACUGCCACCUACGAAAACUUUGUCGAAGACUUCGAAAAAAAGAAAACAGAAAGCUUCAAAGCCAGUCGUGGAACUGAAAAAAUCAUACAAUAG